UUCACAUCCUGCUUUCAAAUGCAGGGUGGUUGUUUCUGAGGUCCUCUGACCGUCUCAGUGAUGUGUAGAAACAGUGAUGUGACCGAAGCGACACAAUUGCUAUCAUUAACGUUACUAAACUUCAAAACAGGCAGCGAUUGGAAAUACACUGCAGGUGUGUGUCUGUGUUCUGGCUGGCUCCACGAUCUCCCGGCUGCGGUUGAUUACCGGCACACCUGUUCUCCAUCAUCAUCCAUUACAACAGUUUAUCUACUGGGCUUAUCCACACUUCCAGCGCCAGAUCGUCUUCAUACACAUGUAUGCACCACGCGAAACGGCCUCCACAAGACGAGGACAUUGUGAAAGUCCAGUUUCGAGCACAGAGGAGUAGGAGGCCAUAGAGGAGGGAGCCUGGCCACUCACACAGCUCAGCUAGAGCCUUUGCUGCGAAGAUGGAGCGGCUUCACUGGGUGCAGCAUCGCUGUCAGCAGCUGCUGGCGGGAGACUCAGGGAGAGGCUGGUACUCUGCCCCCAAUGGUCUGCCCAACAAAAGCUCCCUGGACGACCACAGCACCCCACAGACAGUCAGUGAAAAGCGGAGAACGGUGUUUGCCCGCCAUGGGCCCCACCAACAGGAGUACGAAGCUGUCUUCAAAAGCUACAUGGGCAAUGUUAUCCAUACUACCAAGUACAGCUUGUUGACUUUCAUCCCCAUGAACCUGUUCCAGCAGUUCCAUAGGGCUGCCAAUCUCUACUUCCUGUUCCUGGCAUUACUGAACUGGGUGCCAGUUGUUGAAGCCUUUCAAAAGGAGAUUACCAUGAUUCCUCUGCUGGUGGUUCUCACUGUUAUCGCCAUCAAAGAUGCCCUGGAAGACUACAGACGCCACUUGUUCGACAAGAAGGUCAACAACAGUGUAGUGCGUGUGUUCUGUGGCAAGCAGAAAGCCUACAUUGACCAGUGCUGGAAGGAUGUGCGAGUCGGAGACUUUGUCCGUCUGUCCUGUAAUGAAAUCAUCCCUGCUGACAUGCUGCUGCUGUAUUCCUCUGACCCUCGUGGGAUUUGUUACAUUGAGACCGCAAACCUGGACGGAGAGACCAACCUGAAACAGAGACAGGUGGUUUCAGACCUCCCAUUGCAGGGAGUAGAGUUGACCCUUGAGAGCUUCCACAGUCGUAUUGAAUGUGAAAACCCCAACGAUGACUUCAGCAGGUUCAGAGGUUAUAUGGAGCACCCCAGUGGUGUUCGUGUCGGGCUACAUAACAACAACCUCCUGCUGAGGAGCUGCACAAUCCGCAACACUGAGACUGUAGUGGGCAUUGUGGUCUACGCUGGUCAUGAGACUAAAGCCAUGAUGAACAACAGUGGGCCGAGGUAUAAGCGCAGCCAGCUGGAGAAGCGUCUGAACACAGAUGUCCUGUGGUGUGUGCUCCUGCUCAUCAUCAUGUGUCUGACUGCUGCUAUAGGUCACAGCCUCUGGCUGAAGAACCUCAAAGACCCUGUCUUUCAGGUUGAUGGGAAGAUGUCUCCCACCCUGGCUGGAUUCUAUGUCUUCUGGACAAUGAUCAUUGUGCUGCAGGUGCUGAUCCCCAUUUCUCUAUAUGUGUCCAUUGAGAUUGUGAAACUGGGCCAGAUCUACUUCAUCCACAAUGACUUAGUCCUGUACAACGAGCAGCUGGAUUCCAGAAUCCAGUGCCGGGCCCUCAACAUCACUGAGGACUUGGGUCAGAUCCAGUACCUGUUUUCUGAUAAGACAGGAACUCUGACAGAGAACAAGAUGGUGUUCCGCCGCUGCAGUAUCUAUGGGGUUGAAUAUCCUCAUGAGGAAAAUGCUCAGAGGCUGGAGGUGUAUGAGGCAGAGAAGAACAAGGCGGCUGGUCGCUCUGCGACUCUGAAGUCGGGCUGCAGUGGUAAAUCUCUGAGCUGUCGCUCCCUCAGCUGCAACCACAGCUCUGUGUCUCUGCACACGCUCACUGCUGAGUCAGAUGAGGAGGAGGACCAUCUGUCCAAUCACAUCCAGCCCAGAACCAGUGCCUUCUGUAGUCGCGAGGCAAAGGAGGUGGUACCAGACCCUGAGCUGGUGAGGAAGUUGAAUUGGCUUUGCUCUUCUGUGCUGCCUCUGAGUGAUGGCUCGUCUGGGACUCCAUCCAGCCUGGAGCUCAUCUACAUCACUGACUUCUUCCUGGCUCUGGCCAUCUGUAACAGUGUGGUGGUUUCCUCACCCAGCCAGCCUCGACAUGUGGUGCGUGAAACACAAACACCUCUCAAGUCCCUGGAGGAAAUCAAGUUGAUAUUCCAGCGCUUGAGCGUCUCUCCUUUCUCAGCCCUCUCCUCUCCGCCAAUCAAAGGCAGCCCUCACAACUUCACCAGCAGGCUGUUUGCCCGGGGGAAGACCAGCUCCUUCACCUUCUCUACAUCCCCCAACAGCACCACGGAUGGGUCAGAACCAGGCCAAGAAAGCAACCUGGAAACCUCCAACCAGAGGCGUAAACUGGACUUAUCUUCUAGAGUGGAAGGAGGAGAUGCAAGACAGUUGGACUCAGAGACAGAGGAUGAUAUCAAGGAUACAAAGACAAACCCUCACGGGGCUAGGCAGGAUGUUGAGGACCAGACCAGAGAAGUGGACUCUGAGAGUGACACUGAUGAUGAACGGCUGUAUGAGGCAGAGAGUCCAGACGAGGCAGCUCUGGUCCACGCAGCCCAGGCGUACCGCUGCACCCUGCGGGGACGUUCUGCAGAGAGCCUGCUGGUGGAUCUGCCAGGAAUCGGCUCUCUGGCUGUCCAGCUGCUCCACAUCCUACCCUUUGACUCUAACAGGAAGAGGAUGUCAGUGGUGGUCCGCCACCCACUCUCAGGACAGGUGGUGGUUUACACCAAGGGAGCUGACUCUGUCAUCAUGGACCUGACUAAGACACCUAAAGGUGCAGAGCAGGCUCAGGAGCUCUACAGUCACAUCAGAGAACAAACUCAAAAACAUUUAGACAGCUAUGCUAGAGAUGGCCUCCGCACACUCUGCAUCGCUAAAAAGGUUCUGGAAGAGGAGGAGUAUGAGGUGUGGCUGAAGAGACAGCUGCUGGCAGAGCGCAGCAUAGAGAACAGAGAAGAGCUGUUGCUGGAGUCAGCUCAGAGACUGGAGACCAACCUCACCCUGCUGGGUACCACAGGGAUUGUAGACAGACUUCAGGAGGAAGUCCCAGAGACCAUUGAAGCUCUUCAGAGAGCUGGGAUCAAAGUCUGGGUCCUCACUGGAGAUAAAAAGGAGACAGCCAUCAACAUCGCCCACUCCUGCAAACUCCUCCGUCCCAAUGACCAGCUGCUGACAGCCAAUUGUGGAAGCAAGGAUACAUGUGCAGCUUUACUUGAGGAGCUCAAACUGGAAGUGCUACGUGGUGAAGACAGUUUGACUGAACUGAGUGCAGCAGGGAAUCAUGGGGAAUCCUCCUCAGGCAGUGUAGCCGGCUUCAUUCUGGUCAUAGAUGGUGGCACGCUGGACUGGGCCCUGCAGGAGGAGCUGAAGAGUGACUUCCUUGAACUGAGCCGUAGAUGCAAGGCAGUCAUCUGCUGCCGGUCCACUCCUCUGCAGAAGAGCCAGGUGGUCCGGCUGAUCCGGGACCAGCUUGGCGUCAUGACCCUGGCUGUGGGUGAUGGAGCCAAUGAUGUGAGCAUGAUUCAGAUGGCUGAUGUGGGCAUCGGUAUAUCUGGUCAGGAGGGCAUGCAGGCUGUGAUGUCCAGUGACUUUGCCAUCUCCAGGUUUAAACACCUCAGUAAGCUGCUGCUGGUCCAUGGUCACUGGUGUUACUCUCGUCUUGCAAACAUGAUCCUCUACUUCAUCUAUAAGAAUGUGAUGUAUGUGAAUCUGCUGUUCUGGUAUCAGUUCUUCUGUGGUUUCUCUGGGAGCGUCAUGACCAACUCCUGGGUGCUCAUCUUCUUCAACUUGCUCUUCACCUCCAUUCCUCCUCUCAUCUAUGGUGUCCUGGACCAAGACAUGCCUGCAGACACUCUAAUGGAGCUGCCUGAGCUCUACCAGGCUGGACAGACCUCCAAGGUCUAUGCUCCCUACAUGUUCUGGAUCACAGUCCUGGAUGCUUUCUACCAAAGUUUUGUCUGCUUCUUUGUGCCUUACUUUGCAUUUGCAGGAUCAGACGUUGGGGAGCUGUCCUUUGGCUCUCCGAUCAACGUCUCAGCUCUCCUCAUCAUACUGCUGCACCAAGUUAUCGAGAGUCACACUCUGACGUGGAUUCAUGUGCUGGUGUUGGUUCUCAGUGGUGGUUUCUACUUUGGCUUUGUGCUGCUCUUCGGUUUGUUCUGUGUGACCUGCAGCCCCCCCACCAACCCUCUGGGGGUGGAAACAUUCCAGAUGUCCCAGCCUCUCUUCUAUGUCAUAUGUGCUCUCACCACUGUGAUGGCUCUGUUACCCAGGCUGCUGUUUCGGGCUCUGCACAACACCUUACACCCUUCUGCUGUUCUGAAAUCAGCUCAGAUGGACAAAGUGGAUUCAGAGAAGUACCGCAGGAGGAUGCAGCGCUGGAACCUGAGCCAAUCCUGAGUCAGCGGGCUGCCAGCAUGUGCCGACAACCCCGGCCUGGAGCCCAGCACAGCUUCAGUGGUGUCCUGAUCUCCCUAUACACACACACAGACAGACUCAAAACAGUGUAUGACCUGAAAGUUCAGAAAAAACUGUUGAUGUUGACAUGCUGGAUUUAAGUGCAUGUCACUGGCAGAAUGGAUUCUUUGGUGCAAUAAAAAGCUAUGUAUGGAUGUUCCCUUUCUGUUGCACUACUCCACUCCCCAGUUAUUUAUAGGUUUUGCUGACAGACUGCUCAUUUGGCUACAUGUUAACAGCCAAAUAACUCUUGGUGAGACUAAUUUGCUAUAAAGAAAACCUUGUUUUAAUUGAACAUGUUCUACUUUCUGAAUGAAUCAGAAUUGUGAGUAUCUGUUGAAAUAUCUAAAUAAGCAUUUAUGGGAACAGAAGCUGCGAAACAUCAUGUAAAAUAUUUAGACAAUGAUAUUUUAAAGGAAAUGUAUGUAUCAUUUGAACAUCAGGAAAUCAUCAGCUUUAUUAAUCUUCUGAUUUUUGUCAUAAAGGAAUGAGACCAGC